AUUGUGGCCGAAAUAAAAGUCGUUGCCCUCAACAUUAAAAGAAACAACUCGUUGGAAAACAAAUGCAGUGGUCUCCCUACAAUCCGCAAUCCGCAAUCCGUAAUCCUUUGUCUGAUCUGAUGUCGCUACGGAGAGUCUCCAUAAUUUGCCCCGCAACUCAUUCUCGCUUUAAAUUGCAAACCGUGGGGGUGACCUCAAGAGAACAGAAAGAACUUGAAUACCUAGGGCUGGGUUGUGGGUUGUUCAUCGAAGGUUCUCUACCCGGUUGUCUGGUUGUCUCUCUACACCUACCUGACCAUCUUUUUUUGAGGCCUGCCUCUGAUCCCCCAGUUCUCAGCGUCUUACAACGUACAGACAGGCGACAGCCAGGCCAGCCGCCCCGCGCGGCCUCCGGGCCCCGGCCCCCCAUCUGCACCCAGCCGAAAACUGAUCCAACGCGCGUCUCGCCAAUAUGGCCUGCACCAAGGUUCGCCUGAUCCACCACAAUACACCACAAUAAAUUACCACAACGACCUGACGAGCCUCGCGGCCCGACGUCAACGCGCUGCCCGCUCUUUCCUCACCAAGCAUCGAGUCGACGAGGAACUCGGAGGCGGUGAGAGGCUAGAGGCUAGAGGCUAGACCUCACUGAAUGUCAACGACCUUGCCUCUUUUCGAGCCCCCCUCACGUUUGUAUGCGCACCGUGCCAUACCGCCUUGUGCCGUUCUUGCACUUCGUACGUGUUUGCUC